GUCGCGUUCGUGAAAGGUUCUCUUCUCUCAUUUCGCAGAAAAUACGUUCCCCAUAAAUUUGUAGUGUGUCGCACCCUAAAACGGCGACUAACCCAUUGUUCUGUGUAUGUUGUGUUUUUCUUCCUUUUGCAUAAAUUAAAUUCAUUUUCUUUUUUUUUUAAAUAGAAAUUACAAAAAUUUUCAGUUUGAAUCCACUAAAAAAAAGAAAAGUUAAAGAUGCUGGUGAAUUAUUUUUAUUUUAUGUGUUCCCUAAGUCCCCAAGUAGUGUUGUGAAUAUUAUUUUUAUUUCAUAAUUUUCAAUUAGCCGGUUGGGAUUUUCUUGUACCGAGAAUCGAAAGGAGACCGAAAAAGGAUUUUCCAUAGUUGAUACACCACCAACCAACACCAACGACAGAGUCAGUAGCCAGAUUAACAACAACAAAAACAGGAACCAGAAAGAGAACAACGGGCAAGAGCAACCAAAGUACCAGACUGAGAUCUGAGACCGGGACGUGUUCGUUUUGCAUCCGCGCGGAAACAAAAGCAAAACGUCAAAAGGACACCUACCCGAAAAAUUAAACCAACAACAAACCGAAACCACUCGUCUUCACGUUCCUCUUACACACAAUAGUUUCUUCCAAAAACAAAAACCGAAACUGAAACCGAGAAAACUGCAUUCCGGGCGCGAAGCUACCGCUAAACCUGUUGCGUUUUUUGUUUUUUAAUUUCUUAAAUAAAUUUUUUGUUUCUACUCUAAGCUGCUUUCUUUGAUAUUUUUAUUUUGUUAAAUUUAUAAAAAUAUUUGCCCUUAACUCGAAAAUAAAAUUUAAAACACUUGAUUCAGAAAAAAUAAAAACAAAAACGAGAAGUUGGGGUUGGGCGCUCGUUUUUACUUCUUUAUUUUUUAUUGCUUUGCGGGAUUGUAAAUAAAUUGUUUGUGAAUUUUUAAUUUAAUUCCUGUCUGCAUUUUCUUUGUGUUAUUUUUAUUGCUUCCUUUUUGGUUUGAUCCUUUGCAAAAGCCAGUGAAACAAAAAAAAAAAAAGAAAAACGUGUCCAAAAUAAGCUUUUGUCUUUAUAAAAUAAAAAUCAAAUAAAUUCAAUUUUAAAUACGAAUCAUAUUUCUUCAUGUAUCCCUUAUGUCUGUCCGGAUGAAACAGCAUCAAAGAGUUUGUAAUUUUUCUCUAUACCGUUUGAAUAUAAUCUUGGUGGUCUGGAUCUGUUAAAUUCCAUUUGGGAGCAACUUUAUAGUUGCCCGACAAAGCUCUGCUUCGUCGACACUGCGGCAGCUGUAGUCAACGACGACUACAGAAGUGGCGGCAGUAGCAGCGACAGGGGACCCAGAGAAGUCAAGCCCGGAGGGGGAGGAGGUGGUGGAGGAGGAGGAGGAGGAACCAGCUUGGCAUUCGGAGGAAUCAGUCUCUUGAGAUUUGGAAAAAUGGGAACAAUCAAAUCUCGACCUCUGACACAAUCAGAUUCGCUGUCCGAUGGAAAUGCAUCUCAGAUGAAUGGCAUCGCAGGCCAUGGCAGCAAUGGCAAUGGUGCUGCGGGAAACGGCGGAGUGUGCAGCAUAGUCACAAGUUUCCCCAACAAGCACGACUUGCUCUAUGUGAACUCCCCGCAGAGUUCCAUUUCGGCGGGGACAAAUCAAUAUCAUGUGCGACAAUCGAGCAUCAGGAAUCGCCCACAACCGCCGAUACCCGAAGCAGCAGAGUUGGAUAAACGAUUUGCUAAAGUUCUGGCCUCAAUGGACUUACCACCGGAUAAAGCGAAACUAUUGAAAAAUUACGACGAUGUUAAAAAAUGGGAUAUCAUAUGUGAUCAGGAAAUGGUUCGAGCGAAAGAUCCUCCAUCUCAUUAUUUAAAUAAAUUAAGAACUUAUUUAGAUCCGAAAGCUUCACGAAGUCACAGAAUUUUCUUCUACUUUCUUUGCCAGAAACGAAAAAUGGUGGGUGAGUCCACGUCCACGCAAGUGUUACGUGAUUUAGAAAUCUCACUUCGCACCAACCACAUUGAGUGGGUAAAAGAGUUCCUGGACGAGACCAAUCAGGGUCUAGAUGCUCUCGUUGAUUAUUUAAGUUUUCGCCUGCAAAUGAUGCGUCACGAACAACGAAUACAAGAAGCCCUAACCGAAUCCGAAGAACGCUUGAAUCUCGCCGGCACUACCAACCAAUCGAUGGGUUGCAGUGACAACGAGGGUGUCAAUAAUUCCGCCCUCGGAAAUAACAGUCAUCAUGACUCGUCCUCACGAUACAAUCAUCACAAUUCCUCGAAUGGAUUCCUGCGACCAUCGCUGGCCGAUGUCCUUGAUAGUCCGAGUAUCAAACGCCGUUCCCGCCACAUUGCUAAGCUGAAUAUGGGUGCUUCGACGGACGAUAUUCAUGUGUGCAUCAUGUGCCUGCGGGCCAUCAUGAACAACAAAUACGGAUUCAAUAUGGUGAUCCAACACCGGGAGGCGAUUAAUUGCAUCGCUUUGAGUUUGAUCCACAAGUCCUUGCGAACGAAGGCACUGGUGCUGGAGCUGCUGGCGGCUAUUUGCUUAGUAAAGGGUGGCCACGAGAUCAUUCUGUCGUCGUUUGACAAUUUCAAAGAGGUGUGUCAGGAGAAGAGGCGCUUCCAGACGCUCAUGGAGUACUUCAUGAACUUCGAGGCUUUCAACAUUGACUUUAUGGUGGCGUGUAUGCAGUUUAUGAACAUUGUGGUGCAUUCCGUCGAGGACAUGAAUUACAGGGUGCAUCUGCAAUAUGAGUUCACGGCUCUGGGUCUAGACAAGUAUCUCGAAAAGCUGCGAAUGACUGAGUCGGAGGAACUGAAGGUGCAGAUCUCGGCGUAUUUGGACAAUGUAUUCGACGUUGCCGCCCUGAUGGAGGACUCCGAGACCAAGACCGCCGCUUUGGAGAGGGUCCAGGAGCUGGAAGACGAUCUGGGUAGAGUGAUGGACCGCAAUGCGGAGCUCGAACGAGAGUUUAUGUAUAAACUUGCCGAGAUGGACACUGAAAUGGAGCAAUUGAAGGCUGAACGAGAGGAACUGCUCGUUACCAAGUGCAAGUAUGACGAAGAGGUGUCCACUCUUCGCAAAAUUCUCAAACACAAUGAGCAGGAGCUCAAGAAGCGGGAAUCCAUGCUGCAGAGUAAGAAUCUCGAAUUACAGACUCUGACCAAGUCCCUGCCUCGUUCCGGAUCGAAUGGCGAGGGUGGCUUCAUCAUGAUGAACGGAAACAUCGGUUCACCAGAUUCUCAGACAUCAUCAAUAUCACCGCCGCCACCACCACCACCUCCAUUGCCAUCCGCAGUGUCACCACCACCUCCGCCACCCCCAGUCCCACCACCACCGCCAAGCAUGAACGGUGGUUUGAGGGACAACGAGUCAACAUACUCGAACAUUAACCCUCAUGAAACAACGGCACGAAUGCCACCCCCACCAGCACCUGCCGCUCCGCCAUUUAUGUCAACAUUCUCACCGCCACCACCACCUGCUGCUGGCUACAUGCCCGCUCCAGAUGGAGCGAUGACCAUCAAGCGAAAGGUGCAAACCAAAUACAAGUUGCCGACACUUAAUUGGAUUGCGCUGAAACCUAACCAGGUCCGCGGAACAAUUUUCAACGAAUUAGAUGAUGAGAAAAUACACAGACAGAUCGAUUUUAUUGAUUUCGAAGAACGCUUCAAAAUAGGCAUUGGUGGUCCAAUCGCAAAUGGUAAAUCCGAAGUCGAUGGCCUCAAUUCAUAUCCGAGCAAGCGUUUUAAAAAACCAGAAAACGUUUCACUGCUUGAGCAUACGAGAUUACGAAAUAUUGCAAUAUCUCGUCGAAAACUUGAUAUGCCAAUCGAUGAAGUGAUAGCUGCGAUACAUAGUCUCGAUCUGAAGAAACUUUCACUAGAGAAUGUUGAAUUAUUACAAAAAAUGGUGCCAACUGAUGCUGAAGUAAAAUCCUAUAAGGAAUACAUUGGCGAACGUAAAGACCAGAAUCUCCUUACAGAAGAGGAUAAAUUUAUGUUGCAAUUGGCCAAAGUUGAAAGGAUAUCAUCGAAAUUGUCGAUCAUGAAUUAUAUGGGCAAUUUCUUUGAUUGUGUUCAUUUGAUAAGUCCGCAAAUCAAAGCCAUCAACACAGCAUCUGACUCGCUGAAACAAUCACGUAAAUUCAAAGCCGUCCUCGAGAUAGUGCUUGCAUUUGGAAACUAUUUGAACAGCAGCAAGCGUGGUCCAGCCUACGGUUUCAAACUCCAAAGUCUUGACACUCUCAUUGAUACAAAAUCAACAGACAAGCGAUCAUCGCUUUUGCACUAUAUUGUCGCAACAAUAAGGCAAAAGUUCCCCGACUUGCUUAACUUCGAUACAGAACUCUUCUGUACCGACAAAGCAGCCCAGGUAUCGCUUGAGAAUAUCAUCACAGAUAUGCAUGAUUUGGAGAAGGGCAUGGAGUUGGUGAAGAAGGAAGCCGACAUCCGAGUAAAAGGUGCACCAACACAUAUUCUCAGAGAUUUCCUAAACAACUCCGAGGACAAGCUUAAGAAGAUCAAAUUUGAUUUGAAGAAUGCCCAGGAUGCAUUCAAAGAGUGUGUCGAAUAUUUCGGAGAAUCGUCGAGGAAGGCCGAUGCGAGUGCGUUCUUUGCGCUAAUUGUAAGAUUUACACGAGCUUUCAAGAUGCACGACCAGGAGAACGAGCAACGUCGCCGAUUAGAACAAGCAGCCGCUCAGGCCGCAAGUAAAAAGGAAAACGAACAGGUAAUCCUUAGGAACAAGAUGAAUCAGAAGAAACAGCAGGAAGCAGUAAUAAAUGAGCUUAAAAGCAAAACGACAACACACAAGAAUAGUUCCGUUCGUGAACAGAAGAUUCUACAGCAAGAUGAAGUUUAUAAUGGAGCCUUGGAAGACAUUCUAUUGAAUUUGAAGAGUGAACCCUAUCGACGUGCAGAUGCAGUUCGACGCAGCCAGAGACGUCGAAUCGAUAAUAAUAGACUCUCGAGAACUCUGGAAGAAUUGGAUGUUUAAACUUCUCAAAAGAAUGUAUUUAAGUCAUUUUAUUAUGCAAUUGUGUAUACUACAUCAUUCCUGGAAUAUCUAUUUUUGUUUUCUUAUAUCUUGAGAUUCUAUAAAAAUUUAACUAAGCUCUCUUCUUGAUCUGUCUAUUUUUUGAAUUUGUGCGAAAUUUAAUGAAAUUAUUUGUAUAUAAAUCGAUUUUUUAGUGAUAUUUAAAAAAUGAAUACUACGCCCGCACAAAUUUAUUAUUAUUAUUAAAAAAAACUAACGAAUUUUUGGAGUUUACAUAUUUUUGGUAAAACUUUUGUUUUUGUAUAAUAAAUUGCUACAUCAAAACAAAAAUUAAAAUUAAUCAUCAUCAAUAGAAUACCAGGAGGCCUUCUGUUUGAGAAACAAAUUUGAUUAAAUUUCUUAUUUUAUUUUCGCUACCAAAACAAACUAAGAAAGAAAAAAAGGUUUACGAAAACUUUACGUCUCUGAAAUUUGCCAUUUUAAAUUAAAAUAUUAAAAAAAAAUGAAAAAUAUUUAUAAAUAAGCAUUUAUUAUACUACGCAGUAUUCAAUAGUAAAAUCUCUUUAUACAAGCAUUUUACACUUUGUCGAUGUAUUUUAAACAAAUUUUUUUGUACAUACAUACAUACACAUUUAUAUUAUACAUAUAUAUACCGGAAGUAAAAAAAAACAGAAUUUUUGAAUUUUUUGAAAAACAUAUUAAACAAUAUGAAAAAUAAUAAUAAUUGAAGAAAACACAAUACUAACAAUGACAAAUUUUGAUAUUAAAUCAUAGAAUUUUUUUCUACAUUUGUAAGUUUUUUUGUAUAUAAAUAAAUAAUAAAAUAAAAUAUUAAUAAAAUAUAAUAAUAUAUAUACAUACAGCCUAUAAUAAUAUUAUAUUAUAUAUUCUUUAAACAAAAUAUAUAAAUAUAUAUACAUUUAUGAAUUUGCAUGAGAAUUUUGUACAUUUAACAAUAUAAUUAUAAUUAUUAAUAUAUUAUAUAAUAAUUUUUAAUUAAUUUUAAGUUAAAAUUACUUCGAAACCGAAUAUCAAAAUGAAAUUAAGAAAUUAAUAUCUGUAUGCAAGUAUCUAUAAUUAUUAAAUUAAGAAUUAGAGAAAAAAAAGAGCAGAAGUUGAGAAAGUGCAUAUCGUGGGGAUUAAUAAAGUUUUACUUUUUUAUUUGUUUUUUUUUUUUUUUUUAAUUUGUUAUGAUUUUAUUAAUAUUAUUAUUAUUAUUGCAUAAUUUCUCCCUCUAUUUUGUUAAAAGAAAAUAAUAAUAAUUUUGAAAUUAAGAAGAAGAAAAAAAAUUAUUAUCUUGCAUAGUCAAUUAUUUAGCAAUGUGGAUUUAGUUGAGAAUUUUGACAUGAAUUUUUAUUCGUGCAAUUAUUCUGUGGGUGGUUUUAUUAUUAUUUUAUUUUUUGUAGUUUAUAUUCAUAGAAUUUUAUUGUUAUUAAAUAUUAUAAUUAUUAUUUUUUUAUUAUUAUUAUUUUGAAUUAAUAAAUAAAAUACUAAAAAAUAAAAUAAAAUAAAUUUAUUGAAAUAUUAAAAAAUAAA